AGCGAUGGAACAGCCGCGUUGAAACCGAAGGCGACUGCGGUGGGUAGCGGUGCAUCAUGGACCGAUCGAAGUGUCAACUGCAGCCUGCCGCGUCCACUGCCCACCUGUAGAUUCAACAGUAUGGCACAUACAACCGACGGUACCAAAGACAAGACUGCGGUAUGUGGAGGUAAAGAAGGUGCGUCCGGCGCGGUGCUGAUGGAGAACGGCACCGGUCCGGUGCAGGGCGCCCCCGUGGCCACGGCCGGCCCGGACCUCCUCCAGAACCACCAGGGCGGCGGCGAGCGGCGGCCGCACUCCCUCCCCAGUUACAAGCCUACCUUGCACUUUAGCCGGGGCCACGAGGAGGACCGGCAGAGCGUGGCGUCCCAGGACUCGGGCAUCCCCACGCUGGAGAUCAACAACCCGGAGCCCAUCCACGCCCGGCCGGGCCCUGGCGACGGCCCCGCCACGCUGCCGCUGGACGCGCCCGACGGCGGGCUGCGGAAGUCGUCGACGUUCCCGCGCAGCGGCUACGACUCGGUGCGGCUGUUCAGCCCCGGGGCACGCAGUGCCCUCAACCGCAGCGACGACAUCUCCGUCUGCAGCGUGUCCAGCCUGAGCACCGAGCUCUCCGCCACGCUGUCCGUCAGCAACGAGGACAUCCUGGACUUCAUGGUCACCUCCGACUCCAGCGCCAUCGUCACGCUGGAGACGGACGACACGCACUUCUGCGACGUCACCCUCUCGUCCCCCGCUGACUGCGGGGACCUGUGGAGCCCCCGCCGCCGUCCCCCGGGGGCCACGCCCCAGGAGGAAGGCCGGCACAAGAGACUUGGGCCGCUGGCCAGCUUUUUCACCAGGAGUCUGUUUGCCCGGAAGGUGAAGGACCAGAGGCCCCUGGAGCAGCGGGAGCCAGGCUGGAAGCUGUUUGGGAAAGUUCCCCUGAGGGAAGGGUCUACUAAGGAACCCAAGAAAACACAGAAGGAAUAUGAAACAAGAAGUGGAAGGUCUGGCAACCCCCCAUCUCCUAAACAGAGUGUGAGGAAGAACCUGGACUUCGAACCCUUGUCCACCACAGCACUUAUUUUGGAGGACCGUCCAGCAAAUCUUCCAGCCAAGCCAGCAGAAGAGGCCCAGAAACACAGGCAGCAGUAUGAGGAGAUGGUGGCCCAAGCCAAGAAACGAGAGUUGAAGGAGGCUCAGAAGAGGAAGAAGCAGCUGGAGGACCGGUGCAAGCUGGAGGAGAGCAUCGGGAACGCAGCGCUCACCUGGAACCAGGAAAUCCUCCCCAACUGGGAGACCAUGUGUACCUCUCGCCGGGUACGGGAUCUCUGGUGGCAGGGCAUACCCCCCAGCGUCAGGGGUAAGGUGUGGAGCCUGGCAGUCGGUAAUGAGCUCAACAUCACUCACGAGCUCUACAACAUCUGCCUGGCCCGGGCUAGAGAGAAGUGGAAGGCCAUGCCAGCGCUAGCAUCGGAGGGAGACAGUGAAGAUGCUGGAUUGUCUCUCGCAGACAGAGAAGCAAGCCUAGAGCUGAUAAAAUUGGACAUUUCCAGAACAUUUCCCAACCUCUGUAUCUUCCAACAGGGGGGGCCUUACCAUGACACGCUGCACAGCAUCCUGGGAGCGUACACCUGCUACAGGCCGGAUGUGGGAUAUGUUCAGGGCAUGUCCUUCAUUGCUGCAGUGCUGAUUCUGAACCUGGACACUGCCGAUGCCUUCAUCGCUUUUGCCAACCUGCUGAAUAAACCCUGUCAGAUGGCAUUCUACAGAGUGGACCAUAGCCUUAUGUUGACUUACUUUGCGGCGUUUGAAGUGUUCUUUGAAGAAAACCUACCAAAGCUGUUUGCACAUUUUAAGAGCAACAACCUAACUCCAGAUAUUUAUUUAAUCGACUGGAUCUUCACCCUGUACAGUAAGUCCCUGCCGCUGGACCUGGCAUGCCGCGUGUGGGACGUCUUCUGCCGGGACGGGGACGAGUUCCUGUUCCGCACCGCGCUGGGCAUCCUCAAGCUCUACGAGGACAUCCUGACCAAGAUGGACUUCAUCCACAACGCGCAGUUCCUCACCAAGCUGCCCGAGGACAUCGCCGCCGAGGAGCUCUUCUCCGCCAUCGCCACCAUCCAAAUGCACAGCAAGAACAAGAAGUGGGCUCAGGUACUUCAAACAUUGCAGAAAGAGCAGGAACGAGGCAGUCCUGUGCUGAAACGCUGACUCGCGGAAGGACACGUACACGUACACACAUACACAUACGUAUAUGUACAGCUCAGUAAUCAUGAUGAUCAUAGAAAGAAGAUACAUUUGGAAAAGCCAUUAGAAUGAGCUACGUCUCGCUGGGUGGGUGGUGAGGAGGCCCUCAGACAGCCGAGGCCGGCCCUGACCGGUGGGGCCCAACCCGUUAGAGCGGACGCUGGACCAGACCCUAAAGCAGAACUCCCAGAGGGAGGAGCAGACCCUGCGGAUCGAAGCCUUAAGCACCGUCACACCCCCAAAAACAGCUCCAAGUUCCCAACAGGAAAAAAAACACACAAGCGCCAACAAACCAACAAGGAUGUCAACGAAUGUAAGCAUCUUCCAUGUCUUAUCAGGGUUUCUACUGGACCGAUGGCACAGACAGUGGUGUCACUUCCCAAAAUGAGCUCUCUCCUUCCUUUGGGCAUUUGCGAAGUUGUCUUUUUUUUUUUCUGUUCUCGGUCUGCUGUGGUUGUGAUGGGAGGUUUUGGCUUGGACUGGAGGUUUUUUUUGUUGUUUUUCUUGUUGUUGCUGUUGUUUUUUUUUUUUGUUAACGUCACCCCAAGGGGCCGGGGUUAUUUCCAGCUGUGAUCUCGCCUGGGGUGGGGCCCGGAGCUUCAUUCUCAAAGUCAGCGUUGCUCCAGGAAAAACGGCGGCACUCAGACACAGCGUCCCUUCCCUGGGGACUCUUCUUAGCGCCGUUUGAAGCCUUUAUUAGUGACGGCGACUUGUUCUCAUUGACACAGGGUUUGGAGCAGCUCGCGGCUGUUCUGCUGAGCCCAAAGUGGUGUGAAAGGAGCGGCACGGUCGUUUCUGUCUUGUGUUUUUUGUGUUGUGUGUCACAGUGGUUCUUUCACAGCCCGCUCGCUGAUUUGUUCGUUUUCUG